AAAAGUAACGAUAAAGCGAAAAGAUGCUACUGAUGCCUUCUCGACCAUGUCCUUCAUAUGGUGAAGAGAAAAGAGCCACUAUGCAUCCUAUUCAGGAUCGCAGAUUGCCAAACCUGACCUCGUAUCCUGGCUGGAAGAGGAGGAAGAGCUGCUUCCCCUGACCUCUGACGAAGAGGAGAGAUUGGCUGGAAGCUGCUCAGGUCUGUCAUGGGACUGUGUGGGGGCUGCAGUUCCUUCCGAAGGAGGAGUGUGGGAGACGGCAAAUGAGACGAAAGAGCUUUCAGUGGUGGAGAAUGAGUACACAGAUCCCCAUCGGGAAGAAAACAUUGAACAAUCUGCUAAACAGAGGAAAGAGGGGGGAAUAAACUCGCCAAAACAGAGGAAUAAUUCUAAUCUUUUAGGGGAUAAGGAUUCUCAAGAGCAAAAAAUAUUCAAAGACAAUGGGAAUGAGCACACUGCAAGAGGAGAAGAGAUACCUGAAAAAUCAGAUAUUACUAUUCAAUGGAACACCUAUAAUGAGACAAAAAAAUAUAAACAUCUAGAGUGUGGGGAAAUGUUUGGUCACAAGGGAAGCCUGAUUUCUCAUCAAAGAAUUCAGACAGGAGAGAAACCACACAAGUGCUUGGAAUGUGGACAAAGCUUCUGUCGGCGUGGAAACCUUAAUUCCCACCAAAAAAAACACACAGGAGAGAAAGCAUAUAAAUGUUUAGUGUGUUGGAAAAGCUUCAGUCGCAGUCGAGAUCUUACUGUCCAUCAAAGGUUUCACACAGGGGAGAAACCAUAUAAAUGCCUAGUGUGUAGGAAAAGCUUCCGUCAGAGUGGAAACUUUCAUUCUCAUCAAAGAACACACACAGGAGAGAAAAGAUAUAAAUGCCUUGAGUGUGGAAAAAGCUUCAGUCAAAGUACAUCCCUUAGUUCCCAUCAAAGAAUUCACUCAGGGGAGAAACCAUAUAAAUGUCUUGUGUGUGGUAAAAGUUUCCGUCACAGUGCAAACCUUAAUUCCCACCAAAGGAUUCACACAGGAGAGAAAAAAUUUAAAUGCCUGAUGUGUGGGAAAAGCUUCAGAAAGAGUGGAAACCUUAAUUCUCACCAACGAACUCACACAGGAGAGAAAAAGUAUAAAUGCCUUACAUGUGGCAAAAGCUUCAGUGAGAGUGGAGCUCUUACUGUCCAUCAAAGAUUUCACACAGGAGAGAAACCAUAUAAUUGCCUAGUGUGUGGAAAAGGCUUCAGUCAGAGUGGAAGCCUUACUUCUCAUCAACGAACACACACAGGAGAGAAAAAGUAUAAAUGCCUAGAGUGUGGAAAAAGCUUCACACGCAAUGGAGAUCUUACUGUCCAUCAGAGAUUUCACACAGGGGAGAAACCAUAUAAAUGCCUAGUGUGUGGAAAACGCUUCCGACAGAGUGGAAACUUUAAUUCUCAUCAACGAACACACACAGGAGAGAAAAAGUAUAAAUGCUUGGAGUGUGGAAAAAGCUUUGUUCAGAGUGGAUCUCUUACUAUCCAUCAAAGAAUUCACAAUGGGGAGAAGCCAUAUAGAUGCCUGGAAUGUGGGAAAAGCUACAGUCAGAGUGGAGCUCUGACUGUCCAUCAAAGAAUUCACACAGGGGACAAACCUUACAAAUGUCUGGAUUGUGGAAAAAGCUUCGGUGACCGGGGACAACUCAAGUCCCAUCAAAGAAUUCACACAGGGGAGAAACCUUAUAAAUGCCUGGAGUGUGGGAAAGGGUUUAAAGAAAAUGGAAAACUUACUAUCCAUCAAAGAAUCCACACAGGGGAGAAACCAUAUAAAUGCCCAGAAUGUGGUAAUAGCUUCAGGAAGAUUGGAAACCUUAAGUCCCAUCAAAGAAUUCACAAAGAUAAGAAAUCUCCCGGGCUGCUGCUUGAACGGAAGGAUUUUGGUGAGCUCAAAGGGGCGUUGGAAGGGGCAGAGGUGGCUGUGUAUUUCUCCCAGGGGGAGUGGGCCCUGCUGAGUGCAUCCCAAAGAGCUCUGUACAAGGAAGUCAUGCUGGAGAAUUUUGGGAACGUGGCCUCUCUGGGAUCGCAGAUUGCCAAACCUGACCUCAUAUGCCGGCUGGAAGAGGAGGAAGAGCUGCUUUCCCUGACCUCUGAUGAAGAGGAGGGAUUGGCAGGCAGCAGCUGUGGUCUAUCAUGGGACGGUGUGGUGGCUGCAGUUACUUCCGAAGGAUCGCAGAUUGCCAAACCUGACCUCGUAUGCUGGCUGGAAGGGGAGGAAGAGCGGCUUCCCCUGACCUCUGAUGAAGAGGAGGGAUUGGCUGGAAGCUGCUCAGGUCUAUCAUGGGACUGUGUGGGGCCUGCAGCUCCUUCCAAAGGAGGAGUGUGGGAGACGGCAAAUGAGACGAAAGAGCUUCCAGUGAUGGAGAAUGAGUACACAGAUCCCCAUCAGGAAGAAAACAUUGAACAAUCUGCUAAACAGAGGAAAGAGGGGGGAAUAAACCCGCCCAAACAGAGGAAUAAUUCUAAUCUUUUAGGGGAUAAGGAUUCUCAAGAGCAAAAAAUAUUUGAAGACAAUGGGAAUGAGCACACUGCAAGAGGAGAAGAGAUUCCUGAAAAAUCAGAUAUUAUUAUUCAAUGGAACACCUACAAUGAUAACAAAAUAUAUAAACAUCUAGAGUGUGGGGAAAUGUUUGGUCACAAGGGAAGCCUGAUUUCUCAUCAAAGAAUUCAGACAGGAGAGAAACCACACAAGUGCUUGGAAUGUGGAAAAAGCUUCAGUCGGCGUGGAAACCUUAAUUCCCACCAAAAAAAACACACAGAAGAGAAAGCAUAUAAAUGUUUAGUGUGUUGGAAAAGCUUCAGUUGCAGUCGAGACCUUACUGUCCAUCAAAGGUUUCACACAGGGGAGAAACCAUAUAAAUGCCUAGUGUGUGGGAAAAGCUUCCGUCACAGUGGAAACUUUCAUUCCCAUCAAAGAACACACACAGGAGAGAAAAGAUAUAAAUGCCUUGAAUGUGGAAAAAGUUUCAGUCGAGGUACAUCCCUUAGUUCCCAUCAAAGAAUUCACUCAGGGGAGAAACCAUAUAAAUGUCUUGUGUGUGGUAAAAGUUUCCGUCAGAGUGCAAACCUUAAAUCCCACCAAAGCAUUCACACAGGAGAGAAAAAAUUUAAAUGCCUGAUGUGUGGGAAAAGCUUCAGAAAGAGUGGAAACCUUAAUUCUCACCAACGAACUCACACAGGAGAGAAAAAGUAUAAAUGCCUUACGUGUGGCAAAAGCUUCAGUGAGAGUGGAGCUCUUACUGUCCAUCAAAGAUUUCACACAGGAGAGAAACCAUAUAAAUGCCUAGUGUGUGGAAAAGGCUUCAGUCAGAGUGGAAACCUUCAUGCACAUCAACAAACACUCACAGGGGAGAAAAAGAUUAAAUGCCUAGAGUGUGGGAAAAGCUUCAGACACAAUGGAGAUCUUACUGUCCAUCAGAGAUUUCACACAGGGGAGAAACCAUAUAAAUGCCUAGUGUGUGGAAAAUGUUUCCGUCAGAGUGGAAACUUUCAUACUCAUCAACGAACACACACAGGAGAGAAAAAGUAUAAAUGCUUGGAGUGUGGAAAAAGCUUUGUUCAGAGUGGAUCUCUUACUAUCCAUCAAAGAAUUCACAGCGGGGAGAAACCAUAUAGAUGCCUGGAAUGUGGAAAAAGCUUCAGUCGAAGUGGAGUUCUUACUGUCCAUCAAAGAAUUCACACAGGGGAGAAACCAUAUCAAUGUCUGGAUUGUGGAAAAAGCUUCGGUGACCGGGGACAACUCAAGUCCCAUCAAAGAAUUCACACAGGGGAGAAACCUUAUAAAUGCCUGGAGUGUGGGAAAGGGUUUAAAGAAAAUGGAAAACUUACUAUCCAUCAAAGAAUCCACACAGGGGAGAAACCAUAUCAAUGUUUGGAAUGUGGGAAGAGAUUCACUCACAGUGGAGCUCUUACUCUCCAUCAGAGAUUUCACACAGGGGAGAAACCUUUUAGAUGCCUGGAGUGUGGGAAAAGAUUCAGGCAGAGUGGAGAUCUUACCAUCCAUCAAAGAGUUCACACAGGGGAGAAACCGUAUGAAUGCCCAGAAUGUGGUCAUAGCUUCAGGCAGAUUGGAAACCUUAAGUCCCAUCAAAGAAUUCACAAAGAUAAGAAAGCAUAGAAAUGCUCCUAUUGGCAGAGAGAAAACACUUGCCACUCUGUGAGGACCAGGAUUCAUAGGGAGUACAUCGGCAUCCCUGAGAACACUCGCCAGAAUUCCCCCUGAUCUCCCACUCAUACAGAUCACUUCCCCUGGAAGAGAGAGCAGCUUUAGAGACUGGACUCUAUGGCAUCACAUGUGGCGUUUCUUCUACUCCUAAGGAUCUCUGCUUUGAUGGCCACCCGUGGAGAGGCCAGAGCCUGGCCAGAGAUGGGCAGCUGAUGUUCUGCCACUGUAACCCUCAGAGGGGAGGAUGGGAUGGCUCAGCUGACAGCUGCACCAGACUGCCCUCAUUUUGUGUGACAUGCCCCUUCACAGACUCUGCAUGGCACACUCAAAGAACUGUCAGUGCUCUUCCACCCCAAGCCUCCCUUCCUCAUACCUGCCCCACCAAGCUGCAAGGCGUUCCAGAUGCCAGCACUGCUGUGGGGAGCAUCCGUCCAGAGACCUGCCCCCCUUUCACAACUGCCUUUCAGUUCCCCCUUAGGACCAGCCCUCUCCCCAUAUGUCCUGCUACCCUCCAUUUUAUCCCCACAACAACACUUCGUGAGGUAUAUGAGACUGAGUGGCUGUGGCUGGCCUAGCAAGCAAACUUCCAUGGCAGAUUGAGGAAUCUGCCUGGGUCUGAUCCCAUUCUGGCAUUCUAACCACUAUCCCGGACAGGGUCUGGCAGAGGAGUAGUUAAUUCCCCUCUGUUUUUUCCCCAGAGGGGGUACUUUCCAUUCUCGCUGUCUGCACUACCUUUGCACCUGCCUACCUUCAACUCAGUAAACCUUUGCUUCCAUUGCAAAUAGCAGAGGGGUGUUCUGGAGCUAAUCUGGGCCAGGAUGGUGGUCCAAUUCCCUUCAAUUUUGGCUGUUCAUCUUUCUGGUGAGUCCAUUUUGAGGCUGCUAGGUUUAUUUCCUGAUGAGAUAUGCUUGCCCCGGAAGGACAGCUGCCUCCUUUGAUUAUUCUUAUACACAUGUUUCAUGCCCUAUUUUACAGUGUAAUCCAUGUUGUAAAUGUUUUACAGUGUAAUCCAUGUUGUAAAUGGCAUAGGGGUUUUCUGGUGAUAACACGGGCCAAGAUGUUCUAAUUUCUUCCAUCUUUGGUACAUCAACUCACUCGAUCAUCCUGAAGCUGGUGGAUAAUUUUCAAAUGCUUGCCACAAACAAAAAACCUUCCAUUCCAUUUUAGGUAUAUAUGCGCCAAAUGGAGCUAAAGAUGAUUUUUAUAAGGAACUAAUUCAGAAAAUGGAUAAGUAUGCCUAUGACCAAAUUAUAAUGACUGGGGAUUUUAAUGGGGUGGCUAAUUUGCAAUUAGACAGGAAAUCUUUGAGGGGGCCAUCAAGCCAGGGAAAUAUUUAGCCUGGCAAUUGAAAAAGAAAAGGAAAAAAAGUUAUAGGGAAGAUAAUAGAAGAAGGAACAGAAAUAAUGGACCAUCAAGGGAUAAAAAGAGCUUUUUACAAAUAUUAUGCAAAAUUAUUUCAAAAGAAAAUGAUAUAUUUAGACAAAAUAGAAGCAUAUUUGGAAAGAGCAAAAAUACCAAAGAUUUCAAUGACAAUGAAAGAGAUUUUGAAUGUUCCAGUAACAGAAGGAGAAAUUUUAGAUGCUAUAGAAUCAACUAAAAUAGGGAAAGCACCGGGUCCAGACGGAAUUACAGCAACAUUUUAUAAAAUAAUGAAAAAAGACUUGGUGCAGCCUCUACAAAAGUUGAUGAAUGAAAUUAUUAAGAAGAAAAAUCUCCCGAAGACUUGGAAUGAAGCAAAUAUUUCACUGAUCCCAAAAGAGUCACAAGAUUUACUAAAUGUUAAAAGUUAUAGGCCGAUUUCUUUAUUAAACAAUGAUUACAAAAUGUUUGCAAGACUUAUAGCAGAAAGGCUUAAGAAAUUUUUGAUAGAAUUCGUAGGGCCAGAUUUUUACCGAAUAGACAAAUUAGGGAUAAUCUGAGAGUGUUGUUGGAUGCCACUGAAUACUAUGAUAAGCAUCCAGAAAAGGAAGUAGGCCUGUUUUUUGCGGAUGCUGAGAAAGCCUUUGAUAAUUUGAAUUGGGAUUUUAUGUUGUUGAUGAUGGAAAAGAUGGAUAUGGGGCAAGAUUUCAUUAAUGCAGUGAAAGCUAUAUAUUUUGAACAAAAUGUGUCAUUAGUGGUAAACGGUGAUUUGACAGAAAAAUUUGAGGUAAGAAAAGGUACAAGACAAAGAUGUCCACUUUCACCGUUACUAUUUGUUAUGGUGUUGGAAAUACUUUUGAGGCAAAUAAGAGAUGAUGACAAUAUCAAAGGUAUAAAACUCAAAGGGUUUUCUUAUAAGUUCAGAGCAUUUGCAGAUGAUGUAAUGUUUAUAGUAGAAGAUCUAACCCAAAUUACCAAUAUUUUUUAGAUAAAAUUAAAGAGUUCGGAGAUCUGGCAGGAUUUUUUAUUAAUAGAUCAAAGUCGAAACUGCUCUGCAAAAAUAUGGCAAAAAAGAAACAAGAACAAUUAAUGAAUGAUUCAAAGUGUGAAGUGGUUCAGAAAACAAAAUACCUGGGGAUAGAAGUAUCAGCUAAGAAUAUAGAUCUAUUUAAAAAUAAUUAUGAAAAACUGUGGUCGCAGAUAGAGAGAGAUCUGUUGAAAUGGAACAAACUGAAUCUGUCAUUGUUUGGACGUAUCUCAGUUGUUAAAAUGAAUGUAUUACCGAGACUGAUGUCUCUGUUGCAAACUAUUCCAAUCGUUAAAGAAAUGAAGCAUUUUGAUAAAUGGCAAAGAAGAAUCUUAGAUUUUAUCUGGGCUGGGAGAAAACCGAGAAUCAAGAUGAAGGUACUGUGUGACGUAAAAGAAAGGGGAGGCUUGCAAUUACCAAAUUUGAGAUUGUAUUAUGAAGCAAUUUGCUUGGUCUGGCUGAAAGAAUGGGUGAAAUUAUCUAAUCUAAAAUUACUAGCUUUGGAAGGGUUCAAUAACUUGUUUGGUUGGCAUGCGUAUUUAUGGUAUGAGAAAUAUAAAAUGGAUGGUAUGUUUCAGCAUCAUUUUGUGAGAAGGAAUAUCUUCAUGGUUGUUGUGGGUUUUCCGGGCUGUAUUCCGGGCUGUGCUACACCUCUGAAGAUGCCAGCCACAGCUGCUGGCGAAACGUCAGGAACUACAAUGCCAAGACCACGGCAAUACAGCCCGGAAAACCCACAACAAUCAUCGUUCUCCAGCCGUGAAAGCCUUCGACAAUAUCUUCAUGAUUUGGCAAAAAUAUAAGAAGUUUCUGGGUGAAAAAAGACCUAUGUGGAUUGUACCAGCGGAAGUGGUGAACCCAAAUAUGUAUUAUAGAGAGGAAGAUUGGUUAACCUAUAAGGAAUUAUUGAGUGGAGAAAAAGACACCCUCAAGAUAAAAGGUAAGGAUGAGUUACCAUUUGAGUAUGGUUGGUUACAAUAUAGGCAGAUUAAGGAUAUAUUUGAAACUGACCAAAGAAUGUAGGUUUUAGAAUAAAAAAUACAGAACUAGAAGAGAUUUUGUUUGGUGAAGAAGUGAAAAUGAUUUCUAAAAUAUAUAAAAUUUUGCUGACAUGGUAUACACAGGAUGAGGUUGUUAAAAUACAGAUGGUGAAAUGGGCAAUAAAUUUUAACAAAGAAGUGCCAAUGGAAAGCUGGGAAUUUCUAUGGAAAAGUACUUUGAAGAUAUCCACAUGUAACAAUUUGAAAGAGAAUGGAUAUAAGAUGAUUUAUAUAUGGUAUCUAACACCGAAAAAAUUAGCAAAUGCAAAUAGUGCAAUGUCAAAUAAAUGUUGGAAAUGUAAAAAACAUGAGGGCUCCUUUUACCAUAUGUGGUGGACCUGUGAAAAGGCAAAAUGUUUUGGUCUAAGAUUUAUGGAGAAAUUCUGUUAAUUAUGAAAUGUAAUUUGUUAAAGAGCCCGGAAAUGCUGUUGCUAGGAUUGAAUAUGCAAGAAGUUAACAUGAGGGACAGAACUCUGUUAUAUUAUAUGACUGUUGCAGCAAGAAUGUUGUAUGCACAAUACUGGAAACAAGAAGAAAUACCAGAAGUUGAGGAAUGGAUCCAAAAGCUGUUGCAUAUGGCGGAAAUGGGCAAAUGGACAAGGAAAUUGAGGGAGCAGAAUCUGAAUGAAUUUUUAACUGACUGGAAGAAGCUUAAGGACUAUGUGGAAAAUAAAUGGGAUGUGAGAGGACAACUGUGGGCUUCAGAUAGUUAUUAAAUAAUAUGAGCCAUGACAAUAAACUUUACCUUAGAUAAUAGGGACUAUAUAGUAAUUAGAGAUAACGAUAAGAAAUUAAGGGUUUUUAGUGCUGUUGGAAGUCAAAAAGGGAAAAGGGAGAGGGGGAAGGGAUGGGGGCAUAUACUGUAAUUAUAAGGGUAAAUCAGUAUGUAUUGUGUAUUAUGUAAUAUGUUAACCUAUUCAAUAAAAUUUCUAAUAAAACAAACCCCUUCAAUUCCACUGGGGAGAGGUAGUUUUGAAUUUCCUGAUAUGCAGGAGACUGGACUAGAACUAGAUGACCCUGGACAUCCCUUCCAACACUGUGAUUCUAGGAAUUGUGUUUGUGUGUGUGUGUGUGUGUGUUCUUGAAGUAACCUGGGAUAGGAUGUUCCGAUUCCUUUCAUGAUUGACACUGCAACUUCUACAAUCAUCCCAUUUCAAGGCUUAUAGCUUUAUGUGACUGAGUUAUGCCUGCCACAGAGCCUUUUAUUACUAUAGAUAACAGUGUUAUCAUUAAUAACGAGAAAAAGAAAUCAAUUUAAAUAUCCGCUUUUGUAUUUAUACACUGUUUUGAAUCCUAA